UUUUUGUUUUUGGUCACACACACGCACACACAUUCACAGCCUCAAACGUGGGAAUCGAACUCACGGUGUCGGCACCAAUGUUCCCUCUAAUCUUUCAAGUGUCUAGUGUGAGUGUAAUAAAUAAAUGAGGAAAUACAGGAAGGAAUCAAUCAGUCAAAAAAUACAUGUAUAGAUGAAUGAAGAAAUAGAUAGAUAAAUAAAGACCAAUCAAUUAAUAAGCCAGCCAACCAACCAACCAACCAACCAAUCAACCAAUCAACCAACCAACCAACCAACCAAUCAACCAACCAAUCAACCAAUCAAUCAAUCAAUCAAUCAAAGAAAUCUUGUCAAUGACAACUUGAACUUGCUCGGGGUCGCAUUUUGUGUUGUGUACAGCCCGUCCUUUUCUGUCGGGCUUUUGCGCUCUAUCGCAAUAAUGUAGCGACCGAGCCCAGACAGAGCUGUCGUCCCGUCUCGUUGCCGCAAACAAGGUCGAAACCAACGUCAAGUGGAAACAAAACUUCACGUCACUUGGCUUAACACAAAAUACGGCAUUAGACGCACGCAGAACAAACACGUACACAGCUAGGGACAUUCGUACGGAGUAAGCAAGAAUAGAAUGAGAGCACAAAGUGUCAAAUGACAAUUGGUUCGAGAUGAACCAAAGCACCCAGAAGCUGAUUGGCGAACCACCAAAGCGCAAGUUUGUUCAGAUACGCUGGGGCUCCAUUCUGGCAGUGGUUCCGACGCUCCUCUUGGUCGUGCUUGUCAUCCAAAACAUCGCCGUCCUUCACUUGAACAGGCCUCAGGACAUCGUCAAAGAGUUGGGCGAGUUGGUGGCGACUUUGCCCAACAGCAUCCCUGACCACAACUGCACCGACUUAGCCUGCCACUGGGCGGCGCUGCAGACCGCAUUGGCAGAGCUGAAGGCAGGUCAGACGGCAUUGGCAGAGCUGAAGGCAGGUCAGGAGGCAGGUCAGACCGCAUUGGCAGAGCUGAAGGCAGGUCAGACGGCAUUGGCAGAGCUGAAGGCAGGUCAGGAGGCAGGUCAGACCGCAUUGGCAGAGCUGAAGGCAGGUCAGAGGGCAUUGGCAGAGCUGAAGGCGAGUCACACCGCAAUUUCCAGCGACCUUGAGAAGAGUCAGACCGCAUUGACAGAGCUGAAGGCAGAGCUGAAGGCAGGUCAGGAGGCAGGUCAGACGGCAUUGGCAGAGCUGAAGGCAGGUCAGGAGGCAGGUCAGACUGCAUUGGCAGAACUGAAGGCAGGUCAGACGGCAUUGGCAGAGCUGAAGGCAGGUCAGGAGGCAGGUCAGACCGCAUUGGCAAAGCUGAAGGCAGGUCAGAAGGCAGGUCAGACUGCAAUUUCCAGCGACCUGGAGAAGAGUCAGACCGCAUUGGCAGAGCUGAAGGCAGGCCAGACGGCAUUGGCAGAGCUGAAGGCGAGUCACACCGCGAUUCACAGCGACCUGGAGGCGAGUGAGAGCCUGCUGGCCAAAGUCUGGGAGGAGAUUCGCAGCAACAAAGGGCUUCUGAAUCAGAUACUGAAAGACCUGGAGACGGACUACAGGAACAUGUCUCAGGCGCUGUCACAAGAGAAAGAGGAGUUACACAACUUCAGUCUGGCUUUGUCCAGCCUGCAGCAGAAGGUGGUGGAUCAGCCCACACUUAACAGGGAACUCAAAGCUAUCAUGGCCAGAGACUGCAGUCAGGUCAUGGCGGCAGGAAUGUCCCAAGAUGGAAUCCAUACCUUCUUUAUUGGGUCCGACAGCUUCAAGGCUUACUGCAACAUGAACCUGGACGGGGGAGGCUGGACCGUGAUCCAGGGGAGAAAGGACGGCUCCGUCGACUUCUUUCGCGGUUGGAAAGACUAUCGAAAGGGCUUUGGAGACCUCGCCGGAGAGCACUGGCUCGGACUACAAAACAUCCACGCUCUGACGGCCUCGGGCGGUUACCAGUUGCGGAUCGACUUCACCACAUUCGACGGCCGCAAUUACUACACUCUCUACGACGACUUCUCGGUGGGCCGGAACUCGCUGGACCCCGAGAAGGACGGCUACCCGCUGCUUGUGAGCGGCUACUCUGGAAACGCAGGCGAUCAAUUCACCUACCAUUCUGGGAUGAAGUUCACCACCAAAGACCGCGACCAAGACGCCAGGGCUAGUAGCAAUUGCGCCAAUGAGUUCAAGGGCGCUUGGUGGUACGAGAACUGUUACAUGUCCAACCUGAACGGGUUGUACAAGGCAACCGGCAACUGCGGCCUAACAAAUGCAAUCUGGGAUACUUUGGGGCCAUUAAGGCAUACCUGCCUGAGAUUCGUGGAGAUGAAGAUCCGGCCCAGAAAGUGAGCGGUCAGCCGGCGGAGCCUGGGAACGGCAUCCCCGUGGGAUCACGUGGGUGCUGCCCGACGUCACCCAUUUGUGCAGCGCUCGUCAAGUAAGAUGGCGGUGCGCAAAUGUGUGUCGGAUUUGGCCCGGGCAAAUUGGCUCAAAUGCAAUUCCGAAUUUCAACAGAAGGUUGACACGAGAGACACCUGACAAACGGUUAGUUGGAAGUUAGUUCCUCAAAAUAAACUCUUAUUAAAAAGCAGUUCGGCGCUGUUGCAGUUACAAAUUUCACCAACAGACGGUGCCAAAUUUAGACUGACGUGACAUGGUAAAUUCGUCGUUGGAUUAGUCGAACUUAUUGACUCGGGAAACAAUCUGUUUUGAAUGACACACACGCACACACUCACUCACUUUUGGAUCAUUUUAGGAUGUUUUGCUUUGCUAUCAUAAAAUCCCUUACAUUUGUUAACAUAAGGAGUGCCCAUAAGCAUAGGUUAGCUACGAUUGAUUGUGUUAAAUUAGUGAGUGUUCGAUGAAGUUGUGUUUUACAAUGACAUGGGUUUUAAAGUAAGGGUACAUUUGACAUUCUCUUGCUUUGCCAUGAAAUAACUAACAGCUGAAGCAUUCCAAUGACAUCUGUUAAAGUAAGUACAAUUGAGAUGUGUCACUUUUUUCCCUUAUUCAUUAAACUUUCUCUUGAUAAUC